UCCUUGAGAGCGUCGUCCUGCGCCGUCGCCCGCGCGGCGUCUUCUCGUCCGCAGCCACCACCAUGUCGCGCGCGGAGACGUUCCCGAAGCCGUCUAUCCUCUGCCACUUCCUGCCGACGGACGCGCCGCUCAAGGCGACGCAGCCCGUCGACUUUGGCGCGGCGCUCAAGCCCGCCGUGCGCGAGGGCCGCGAGGGCGACGUCGCGGAGCUGCUCGCGGCGCUGACGCAGGCGCGGCAGAUGGUGACCUGGGCCCUCGACAAGGACCGGUCCAUGGUCGGCGUCGACGAGCUCGCGAGCCGCGUCCGCGAGUACGCGUCGCUCCUCCGCGGCUUCCGCGCGCCGCCGGGCGCCGCGGCGCCGCCGCCGCCGCCGGCCGACGCGGACGCCGCGGCGCCGGCCGACGCGGCGGCGGCGCCGGCCGACGCGGCCGCGCCGCCGCCCGCCUACGACGCGGCCGCGCCGGCGGCGACGCUCCGCCACGCCGUCUCGUACGCGUGGCGCGACCUCCUCGACACCAAGGGCCGCGACUGGGCCAUGGCGGACUGCGACCUCGAGGAGGCGUCCGUGCUCCUCGCGGCGGCCCAGGCGCUCCUGAGCCGCGCCGCGCGCGAGUCCAUCAACGACGCGAACGCCGUCGCCGUCUACGCGUCGCUCCGGCGCGCCGCGGGGUUCCUGGGCGCGUGCCGCGCGCGCGUCGAGGCCUUCGACGCGGCGCCGCGGCCGCCGGCGCCGGCGCCGAAGCAAGCCGAGGGCUCGUCCUGGUUCUCGAGGAAGAAGCAGGCGCCCGCGGCGCCCGAGGACGCCGCGGCCGCGCCCGAGGCCGACGGCGGCGAGCGCGCGUCGCAGGACCUGCGGCUGGGCCUCGCGGAGGCCUGGGCGGCGCUCGCGCUCGCGGAGGCGCAGCACGCGACGAUCCGCCGGGCCGCGGCGGCGCCCCACAUCGAGUGGUCGCUCGUCGCGGCGCUCUGCGCCGACGAGCGCCAACGCUACGCGGACGCCAUCGCCGGCCGCGUCGCGUCCCUCACCGCGAACGCGGCGUCGGCCAAGUCCGUCAAGGAGUGGGCGGGCAAGCGCGUCUGCACGGCCUUCCUCAGGAGCCACGUCGACUACAAGGGCGCCUACUUCGAGGCGCUCGCGCGCUACUGCGCCGGCGCGGCGGCCCUCGAGAAGGCCGUCGCGGACACGGACGAGGCCAGCUGCGGCGUCGCGUGCGCGGAGCUCGCCGAGGCCGCCCGGGCCAUGGCGGCGGCGUCGGCGUCGGCCAAGGACUACGUGGCCAACGCCAAGGCCGUCUGCUACGUCGACAGCCCCGUCGUCGCGCUCGGCGACGCCGCGGCGACGAUCCGCCGCGCGCUCGACCGCGCGAACCAGCUCAACAACGGCAUCUUCCACAAGCCCGUGCCGCCGCCGGGCCCGCUCCCGCCGGCCAAGUCCCUCGUCACGGCCAUACCCUUCGACGACCCGCCGCCGAGCCCGCUCUGGACGGACCGGGCCUGGGCCGCGUUCGACGCGGCGGAGCUCCCCGCGCCGACCUUCGGCCCCGCGUCCGAGGGCCGCGACUGCUGCGUGUCGCCCUCGUCGUCGUCGUCGCCCUUGGCCGCGGCCUUGGGCGCGUACUCGACGCGGUUCGAGAUGGCCUUGGCCUCGCCGGGCCGGUUCAGCCGCCAGUGGCGCGCCGCGGCCGCGGCCUUGGGCUCCGGCGCGGGCGACGGCGGCGCGGCGCCCGGCGCCGGCGCCGGCGCGCUCCGCCGCGCCGCACCUGCGACGCUCAUCGCGCGCCGCUCGCUCUUCGUCGAGCUCGAGCGUGACGUCGUGCGGCCCGCGGCCCUCGCGGCCUACAAAGCGCGCGUCGCGGCCCACGGCGCCGCGCGCGGCGCCCUCGACGAAGGCUACAGGGCGUCCUUCGGCGUGGCCGUGGGCCGCACGAGCAGCGUCUACCACCUCGGCACCGUCGCCGACUACGACGCGCGCUCCGCGCGCGACGCCGCCGAGGGCCUGCGCGCGCCGCUCGACGGCGUCGACGCGACGGAGACGUCCGUCUUCGCCGAGGCGACGGCGACGCUCGCCGGCGCGGGCCUCCCGGGCCUCGCCGGCGGCGCGGUCGUCGACGCGGCGCCGGGCGCGGUCUACGAACUCCGCACCUACGAGCUCGUCCUGGGCUACGCGACGGUGCCGCGGUUCCUCGAGCUCUACGCCGCGGGUCUCGCGGACAAGCUCGCCGUCGACGACACGGGCGAGAGCACGCUCGUGUCGCUGCUCCACAGCGAGGCCGGCGUCGCGCCCCUCAACACGGUCAUCGAGCUCUGGCGCCACGACUCCGCGCAGGGCAGCAUGCGGUCCCGGGUCAAGUCCCGCGAGGCGACGACGUGGCGCGCGGCCAUCGGCGACAUCGCCGCCAUCUCGACGCGCUUCGAGACCCAGCUCCUCGCGCCCCUCUACGCCUCUCUGAUGGAGCCGCCGCGCUGCGCCGUCUUCGUCGCGCGCCACGGCGAGCGCGAGGACUACGCGUGGCACAAGCGCGGCGAGAACUGGCAGGCGACGGCCGCGCGGCCCUGGGACAGCCCGCUGACGCCGGCGGGCCACCUCCAGGCGCGGGCCAUGGGCGCCGCCGCCGCCGCGCACGCGGAGCGGCUGGGCCUCGCGCCGAUUUGCCACAUCGCGUGCUCGCCGCUGCUGCGCUGCGUCGAGACCGCGGCGGCCGCGGCGACGGCGACGGGCGUGGAACGCGUCGUCGUGGAGCCGCGACUGUCGGAGACGAUGUGCGAGGCGUGGUACCGGAGCUGGGCCGUGCCCGGCGCGGACAGCACCUGGGGCGGCCCCGCGGCCUGCCGCAAGGGCGUCGCCGUCGCCGAGGCCGACCUGCACCCCGCGGCGCGCGCGGCCGCGGCCGCGACGCACGCGACCGCGGCGGAGACGGCCGCGCUCCGCGCGACGGCGUCCCUCUCGGACCUCGGCGCCGGCGUGCCGGCCGUCGACGGGGACGCGCGCGCGACCUUCGCCUACCGCUGGGGCCACUUCGAGACGGACGCGGCCCAGACGGAGCGCAUGGUCGCCGUCCUCGAGGCCCGGGCGUCGCGCGGCGGCACCGCGCUCCUCGUGUCCCACGGCGGGCCGACGGGCGCGCUCUACCGGUCGCUGACGGGGCGGCGGACGGACUGCGGCUACUGCGGCCUGUUCUGCUACGUGCGGAACGCCGACGGCUCCUGGGACGCGCCCGUCGCCGGCGACCACGGCCACCUCGACGCGGUGCCCGGCGCGGACCGGUCGGGGCGCAACGACGCCGCGGAGCAGGGCCCGAAGCCGCCGGACGACGCGGCGGGCGCCUUCGCGGCCGCGCAGCGCGCGGCCCGCGCCGGCGACUACGCCCAGAUGGGCGCGUACCUCAAGGAGAACGCAGAUGCUGCAGCUGAUCAAGUGGUGAUCGCUGAGCCGAUGGCCGAUACGCAGCAACAGCCGGGCGUGACCGACGGCAUCGCCGACGAGGACCUCCUGAAGCAGCUCGGCGUCAAGUACGUCUGCGGCGACUGCGGCGCCGAGAACAUCAUCAAGGCCCGCGACGCCGUGCGCUGCCGCUUCUGCGGCUACCGCAUCCUCUACAAGGUCGUCGCGCUGGGCACGAGCGCGGGCGCGCCGACGCGGGAGCGGAACGUGCAGGCCUGCUACGUGCGGCUCGAGGACGGGAGCUUCGUCGUCUUCGACUGCGGCGAGGGCACGCAGCACCGGCUCCUCGAGGCGGGCGCCAAGGCCCGGGGCCCGCGCCGGUUCCGCGCGGGCCGCGUCGCCGCCGUCUGCGUGACGCACCUCCACGGGGACCACGCCUUCGGCCUGCCGGGCCUGCUCUGCUACCUCGACGCGAACGGUGGCGCGGGCGCCGGGCCCGUCGAGGUCGUCGGGCCAUUGGGCACGCGCGCGUACGUCCGCGCGGCGCUGUCGCUGUCGCGCACCGAGCUCGCGCGCGGCUUCGCGGUCACGGAGCUCACGGGCUUCCCCGCGGCCGCCCCGGGCGCGCGGGGCGAGGCCUGCGAGGCGCCCGCGGCCGCCGUCGCCGGCGCCCUGGCGGGUGUGGUGUGCUGUGAUGAGGUGGCGCGUGCUGCGGCUGUUGCUGUUGAUGGCACCUGGCACAACAUCAUCACAAUCCCCGGCGCGACGCUGCGCGCCGCGGCGCUGGACCACGGCGCCAUCCCCUGCGUCGGCUACCGCCUCGAGGAGCGGCCGCGGCCCGGCCGCGUCGACGCGGCCGCGGUCGCCGCGGCCGCGGCGCGCGCGGGCUCGGAGCCCGCGGCCGUCUUCGGCGCGCUCGGGCGCGCGGCCCUCGCGGGGCUCCCGUCCGUGGCGCUCGCCGACGGGUCCGCGCUGCCCCUGGCCGAGGCCUACGUCGGCGGGGCGGCCCUCGCGGCCGGCCGCGCGGUCGUCGUCUUCGGCGACCGCGCGCCGGGCCCGGGCGAGCGCCGCGCCGUCGCGCUCGCGGACGGCGCCGACGUCGUCCUCCACGAGGCGACGCUCGACGACUCCCUCGCGGCCCUCGCCCACGACCGCGGCCACUCGACGCCGGGCGACGCGGGCCGGCUCGCGGCCGCCGCGCGCGCGGCGACGCUCGCGCUCUGGCACUUCUCGCCGCGCUACAAGCCCGGCGACCUCGCCGCCUUCGCGGACGCCGCCCGGGCCCACUUCGGCGGCACCGUCGUCAUCGCCUCGGACCUCCUCGCCAUCCCCGUCGCCCGCCGGACUUAA